UGAACGUAAUUUCAUCUACAGACGUUCAGAAAAUUGACAUCACAGCUGCAAGAACAUAUAAAUAACCAGCAUGCUACAUUUCUGAUUGACUGCAGCAACAUCUCUGAAAGGAGCAUUCUACAGGCUCAGCUCCCCUAAAGGCACAGCAGAAACUGGAUUUUGUAAAGUACACCAAGAAGCUCCAUUUAUAAAACAGUUGUAAGAACAUCCGAGAGAUUUUUCCUCUGCCUUUGUGUCUGCCAUUUCUUUAAAAAAAUCAUGUGCAUGGGAAGUUGUGCUAAGUGUCUGGGGACCACUCUCAUCCCCCUGGCUGUGCUGUGUACCCUCGCAAACAUUUUGUUGUUUUUCCCUGGAGGAAAAGUGGUUGAAAAUAAUCUACACAUUACAAUUGAGGUCUGGUACUUCGGAGGGAUCUUGGGAUCUGGUGUGUUGAUGAUCUUUCCUGCCUUGGUAUUUUUGGGCCUUAAGAAUAAUGAUUGCUGUGGGUGCUGUGGUAACGAGAGCUGUGGAAAGAGGUUUGCGAUGUUUUCUUCUAUAAUAUUUGCUACAGUUGGAGUUCUGGGAGCUGGAUACUGCUUUGUUUUGUCAGCAGUAGCCCUAAACAGAGGCCCUAAAUGUUUCACUGGAACAGAGUGGACCUAUCCUUUCCAGGAUGGGAAUUACCUCUCUAACCAGACAUUGUGGAAUGCGUGUCAGUCACCCGAAAACAUCGUUCCAUGGAACCUGACCCUCUUCUCCUUGUUGCUUGUCAUGAGCGGGAUCCAGGCAGUGCUCUGCGGCAUUCAGGUGGUGAAUGGCCUGCUUGGGACAAUCUGUGGGGACUGCAAAUGUUGCGGAUGUUGUGGGGGAGAUGGAACUGUCUAAAGAAUAUGAAUAUUGCAGACAACCUUCCUUAUCUUGGGAGACUCCCUUUUGCAACCAUUCCGUAAAGCAGCCCUCAGAUGCAUGGAAGAUGAAUAAGAAGAUGAGAAUGAAGGGCACUUCCCCCCACUAAAAUUAUGAAGCCCUGACUCCCUUUCCAGCCUUCCUGAAACCCCUCACCAUGGAAUAAAGUAUGUGAAAUUCAA